UGUGAAAAGAUUGAACGAUGAAAUCGCUCGCGCUUGCUGUCAUCAGCGCCGCCCUGUAGAGACCCCCUCCAACCCCGCAGGCUCGAGCACAACGACCCCACCCCCUCUCCGAGAGGGACGGAGCGAGAGACAAGAGUCACGGAGAAAAAAGACCUUUUUCGGAUCCCGGCUCUCUUUGCCCUCAAUCCGGGCCUAAUGCUGUAGCAGACAGUGCGGGAGAGAGAGUGAGAGAUACGCACUGAUUGAGUCGGCGAGGGACAGGGCGGACUAGAGAAGAAGGGAUUGUUCAUUCGCCUGGAAACAUGGGAUGUACACUCAGCGCCGAGGAGCGCGCUGCGCUGGACAGAAGCAAGGCCAUCGAGAAAAACCUGAAGGAGGACGGGAUCACCGCGGCCAAGGACGUCAAACUGCUGCUGCUCGGCGGCGGAGAAUCGGGCAAAAGCACAAUCGUCAAACAGAUGAAGAUUAUCCAUGAAGAUGGCUUUUCUGGGGAUGACGUGAAGCAGUAUAAGCCCGUGGUCUACAGCAACACCAUCCAGAGCUUGGCAGCUAUCCUCCGAGCCAUGGACUCACUGGGGAUUGAGUUUGGAGACAAGGAUAGAAAAGCGGAUGCUAAACUGGUGUGUGAUGUGGUUAGUCGUAUGGAGGACACAGAGCCCUACUCUGCAGAGCUUCUGACUGCUAUGAAGCGUGUGUGGGCCGACGCCGGGACCCAGGAGUGCUUCAACCGAGCCCGGGAAUACCAGCUCAACGACUCCGCCCAAUACUAUCUGGACAGUCUAGACCGGAUCGGGGCAGCAGACUACCAGCCCACAGAGCAAGACAUCCUGAGGACCAGAGUGAAGACCACCGGUAUCGUCGAAACCCACUUCACCUUUAAGAACCUACAUUUCAGGCUGUUUGACGUGGGAGGUCAGAGGUCAGAGAGGAAGAAGUGGAUCCACUGCUUUGAAGAUGUGACAGCUAUUAUCUUCUGUGUUGCUCUGAGCGGCUAUGACCAGGUGCUCCAUGAAGAUGAAACAACCAACCGCAUGCAUGAGUCACUCAUGCUAUUUGACUCUAUCUGUAACAACAAGUUUUUCAUCGACACCUCCAUUAUCCUCUUCCUCAACAAGAAGGAUCUGUUUGGUGAGAAGAUCAAGAAGUCGCCGCUGAGUAUCUGUUUUCCUGAAUACACAGGUGCUAAUACUUAUGAUGAUGCUACUGCGUAUAUCCAGGUUCAGUUUGAGAGUAAGAAUCGCUCUCCCAAUAAGGAGAUCUACUGUCACCUGACCUGUGCCACAGACACAGGGAACAUCCAGGUAGUGUUCGACGCUGUCACUGACAUCAUUAUUGCAAACAACCUUAGAGGGUGUGGCUUAUACUGAGGCCUGGCCAAGCACAGAGGUUGCCGUGGAGAGUAUGAGGUGUUAAUAAUAAUAAUUUUGAUGAUACUAAAAACGCAUAAAUAUGUAAAUCUACACGUCCAAAUGGACCCAAAGAGCUGCCGUCAGACACCACACCGGAUUAUUGCCAUGAUUUGUUCCCUUCCUCCUAUUUUGUUAUCAGUAUACAACCCCAGUUUUGUCUUACAAAAUGUGUUUUGAACUGAAUGUUUCAUGUUUUGUUGUUGAUUGGGUCAACAACCGGGAAGGUCGGAGACCGCAGGCACCAGGGUUAUAUUCAGCCAGCCUUUGUUUUGCAAAGCUCAACCUAGAAAUGCAAUGCAAGGAGUGUGCAAUGUACUGUUUCACCACGACAUGGCAUAUUGUCCCAUUCUUUCCAUGACAUUUCUAUCUGCAAGACGGGAGACAUUUAUGUUCACUGAAUAUAACCACUGGUGCUCCUCUUGCAGAGCUGCUCUAUUUCUGUCGGUGAUGAUGAUGAUGUUGGGGAGGUGCUGUGCUAGUGGCUGAGGGUCAUGGCAGGGAUGAAGGAGGCUAUUUUAACUUGCAGAGGGACAAAGCUCCCCUCUUCUUUGGACCCACAUGACUGCUCGAUAUGAGCAGCCUGCAGGCCUGUUCCACUCGUCUUUCUUUCACUGUAACAUAUAAUGGAAGAGAGGCUGGCUCUGCUAAAAGUGGCUGUCCGCUGCCACUGGCCUCCUGUAGUGUGAUGAAAACGCCUAUGAGCCAAUGAUAUCUGGAAAAUGUCAUAUCGGUGCCAACCAUCUGAGAAUGACAGAUAGGGGAUUAAGAUCAGAAAUCACAGCUCACGUUCACAAUACCGAGUAAUAUCAUUUAAGUAACAGAUGUUAACAUUUUAUUAUCAUCGAAUGAUUUAUUUAUUUAAGCCUCAUGCCCUACAUGCUUCCUCCUACCUCCUAAAAUCCCGUGCCACAUAUUUAUUUCCUACCAUGUCAAACUGGGGUAUACCAAUACCUGUCUACAUUUCAGAGGCUAGAAAGCAGCUCUCUAAUGGCAUCUUGUUCUCUGUGUGGUGCUGUUCCCUUCUAUGUGAAUCUGUUUAGAGAUAGAGGACUGCACGAGAAGCAAGAUAUCAUUUGAGGCAUCCUCUGUUCGGGGAGCUUGGGUUAACCCCCGCUUUCCUCCCCCUCCCCCCUCCCGUCCUGAUACGUAAACAGGGAACCAUUAUUCCCAUUUGUCACAUUUCUCUUUUCACGGAGAAAAAGUACAGCUCUCCAUUUACUCACCUGUGCACCUGAAAAAUUCAUCUUCCCAUUCCUGUAUACUCUUUACCUAUCACAUAUCAUUCCUCAUAUCCUAUCUCCAUUUUCACCUUAAAAAACACCGUACUGUAUAUAUAUAUUAUGAUUAUACCAGAUUUUUUUUUUACUGUGAAUGUUUUUGUGCUGCACCCCCCAUCCUAUUCUGUAGUUUAUUGGUUGCUCUCAUGUGGAAUGUUUGUGCUGAGCCAAUCGAAUGUUGUGUUUACAUUAAAGCCACACUUUUCCUAACUA